AUGAGAUGGCAAUGUAUUUUUACUGCACUGGCACAAGUUUUCAGAGGGCUGAAGAUCCAUUUCUCCCCUUGGGCUAUCCAGUUGGCAUGCCCGGGUGCUAAAUUGCCAACACGCAAGCAGCUAGCAGACGAUGGUGCUGGGGGCCUGCUUGAUGAAUGCUACCAGAAGGUCAAGGAGGAGGUCAAUAAGGUGCUUUCUACUGAUGGUCAAUUUGUCUGCCUUACAAGUGAUGCAUGGUCAAAUGUGGCGAAUGAUCCUGUUGUCAACUACAUGGCUGUAUCUCCAACUAAAUCACUUUUCUUGGAAGCGGUACACAUAAGAGCAAAGCCAUGAUGCAGACUGGCUUUCCACAGACCUAAGUCGUGUCAAAGGACAAAGAUAGUCUUGGUGACAAUGUGGUUGGUGCAGUUACCGAUAACACAACAACCAACAAGAAGGCAUGGAGUGAAUUGGAGAAAUGAUACCCCACACAUUUUUUCCAUGGGUGUGUGUCCCAUGGUCUUCAUCUUCUUGUGAAAGAUAUCUUUGCUGCCAAAAAGGAUGUCUCAGGUGGUGGUCCUGCUGAAUAUCCAGCUGGUUACCCAUUUGAAGACCUGCUCCAUUUUGCUAUCGACUGCAAGGAUGUUGUUAGCUUUUUCCAUAACCAACAUGUCCCUAAGGCAAAGCUGAAGAAGGCAUUGGCAGCAGCCAAGUUGAGUGGCCUGGUACAGCCUGUACCAACACGUUGA